UAUAACUGUUUUGCGGAUCUUUCAAAAGUGUUCGUCACAGCUGACGUCCUCUUCCUUUGUUGAUAAUUUACGAUACGGCUACAGGACCUGUAUGCUUAUAUUAAGAUAGUAAACUGAACAGGCUUAAUACGUGCCCACUUAGUUUUCACCAAAACGUUUUAACAGAGAAUUCUUUCCAAACGUUAUCAAAAAAAUGACAGCCCAACCAGAAUCAUUUCAAUUCAGUCCUCAAUGGAUUAGGGAAUUAUCAGAUGAUGCAUUUAACUCUAGAAGACAACAAAGUCAUAGUCCAACCGAAGGUCGGGUUUCCAGCAAAUCUCCCAACCUGUUCUCAAACUUCGUCCAGAAACAUUCUAAUUUUUCUGUUCCCGGGGAUAAACGAAAAGAUAUGGUUGUAGGUAAAAUUUCGAAACUUGUGUGGCCAGGUGACACCAUUUGCGCACCUUCUGUAGCUGAAACGGACAGGCACGUUUCUGUUAUAAACGUACUAUAUUUAUGUUGUUGUUUAACAUGAAAUGAGAUCAGGGUUUGGGGUUAGUGACGUAAACAUUUUUAAUACAUACAGAUUGAGCUCCAUCUAUCACAGUUUAUUAUCCAUAUCAAGAACUCUGAUUUCAACACCAUUUGUUGUAUAGCUCUUAUCUAAAUCUUGUUAUGACACCUUUUAUGCUCCAUUGUGCUUAUUAUAUCCUAUCCUGUCCCUAUUAUUCCUUUUUGGAAAAAAAUAUAUGAUAGUGCAUCCCUAGUGGUUUUUCCGUCCUAAAGAUUUCGCAAGUUUUCGUCAUUGCCAUUCAAUGAUUGUAAAGUUAAAAUGUUAGGAUGAUGUUAUGCAGACCCUACGAGCCUUAAUUUACCUAUUCAACUUGUUCAUCCUUCCACUUGAGCGUACUGCUUUAAUUUUUCUCUCUGAUUACUUCAGUUUAGUCAUUAACACCUUAGCAAUUGUCGUUCCAAACCCAAGUAUUAUCCUACAUCGAUUAUAGUGCAGUAAGACACCAAAAUCAUAGAGCAAUACCAACAAACUGAAAAUAUUAUAAAAUAUAGAAAAUGGGAAAGUGUCGUACAAUUGGUCAAUAAGUGAAUGAUAAUAUAAUUGAAAAGACAGCCAAGAAGAUCCACUCACUUAAAAGGGUCUUUCUCAUUUUUGUGGAUUUUGUAGUACGAAAUCACGAAAAGACUCCCCUGUACUUUUCCCCAAGACAUAACAUUGUCUCGUUGGGUUUUACUCCUUAUUGUGACAAGUAAAACUUGGCUGCAGUUCCAGUCACGCAUCCAUCUUCCUUUUAGUAUUAAGCUUGUUAUUUGGUAGUUUUCUUUUCUGUUCCGAAUUACACUUCAUGUAUUAGGUUUCUCAUGCUCAUAUGCGUUUAUCAUUUUAAUGUUUUCUACAACUUUUUCUUCAUUCUAAGAGAAAAUGUAGCAACUUGAACCCCUAUUUAUUUAAUCUAAAUCCUACUUCAUAAUCGAUGUUCAUAUAUAUAUAUAUAUAUAUAUAUAUAUAUAUAUAUAUAUAUAUAUAUAUAUAUAUAUAUAUAUAUAUAUAUUCUGACCUGUUUCACAGUCAAGGACAACCUUCCACAGAGGUGACCAAACAGUACUCACACAGCAUACAGUUUUCUGACUCUAUAUAUGGUCGAAAAUCCAAUGCCAAUCAAGUCAUCAAUCCUGCUAGCCAUUGUGUUGAUACCAACAAACAAGCAGUGCAAUGGACUCAGAAGUCCUCUAUGAUUUCUCCUUCCGAACCGUGUUGGCAACUCCACUCAGACUCAGGCAUUGAAACGUCCGUUAACAAAGUACCAGAUACAAUAAGCCUGAAUACAACAGGUCAUUCUUUACCUUCAUCGAGUGCCCGACCUCUCGAAGUGCAGCAUGUAGGGGGUUCUCUCUUAUCAGGAAAUUCGUCAGUUGUAAGCAACCCAACGUUGAAUAUAAAUUCUAUUUUACCUAAUGAUGGUAUCCCAGUUCCCCGAUCAGAUCCAUAUAGUCACAACACUGAUUCAUAUAAUAAUCAGAGUAAACGGGCUGUCAGUGCUUAUUAUGGAAUCAAUGAUCCAGACAAGACCUUAGAUUCCAGUGUAAAUUCAAACGCUAUAUGGAUGCAGCAGCAUAUAUGGUCAAAGUCUGUUCCACAGCACUUACAUGGCUUUAACCCUAUUGAUUCCACCUCCAACUCCGUAUCCAACUUCUGUGGGGUCGCCGCUACUGAAACUAAUAGACAUUCUAGCUGCAGCGUUCCUGACGCCGAAAACAUACGUGGUUUCUUUUCACAAUUAUCUUCCUUUGAUCGACUUGGGCAAUCAAAUUCAAGUCAAGCGUAUCCGUUGUCGAAUAGCAGUGUUCAACAUCCUCCUAAUGUACUGAGCGCAGAGAAAGGUUUCGUUAGAAGUAAUGGAUCUGACCAGUCGGAUGAGCAUAUGUGGCUGUAUGAAGAUCCACAGGGUCGGACACAAGGUACUUUCAGUGAUGCACAAAUGAAUGAAUGGCUUAUGGCUGGGAUUUACUUUACUCCAAAUCUUCGUAUACGACGUCAAUGUGAUGAUACAUUUUCUACUCUCGCCAGUUACACACAGUUGUUUGAACGUGUUCCAUUUGUUUCUGGUCCUCGAAUACCCCCUAUUCGUGGAGAGAUCAAUCAAGCUAUGUUAGCUCUGUCUUCAUCUGGUUUCUUGAGUAAACCACAUUUUAAGAACUCCGAUAACCCUCCGACAGAUUUGUUACCUUGUAAUUCAACCAAUCAUGAUCAAUCAGAGGGUAGUAGAGUAAAUGCAAGUAUGGUUGGAAAUUCCACAAUUGACUCUAGUCGUUCAUUGUUGUCAGAACCACAGCACCAGUUGUACCAGCAACUUUCAGAUUUUUCCACAUCAGCUUCUAACACUACAACGUCUGCCGGAAUAUCGGUACCUACUUGUCAAGUUACUGAAGAGGGUUUAAACACCACAAAUUCUAAAAGUCUUGCCUAUGGCUCUAUCAACACAUCAGUUUCUGUGAGUGUACCCAUGUCCUUGCUAAACAAUUCAAUCAAUAAUCUAAGAAUUCGGGACAAUGCAGAAGGAGACUUUAAAUCUGUAUUAGACGAUCCUAAUAAUGUUCAACAACACAAACAGGCCAUUUCUUCUGCCCCGACAUUCAUGAACUUAACUUCUUUGAUUCCACUGAAUCCAUCCUUCCCAUCUUUUAACUUGCAGUUCCCCUCCAGACUUCAGGGCACUAAUGGAACUACUAUGGAUGAUCUUACUUCAGCAGCUAGUUCAUUUCUAUCUCCAGGUUUUUGGUCUGUUUUAACCCAGUACUUAAACUUGCAUCCCCCGUCUGCAAAUCAGACUUCUACUCCCAUGCAGCAGCUCGCAGAAACAGCGCAAUUGGCGGCUCAGCUCGCAGCACUGGUUGGUUCUCAUAGUCCGGAUCAAACUCCUAUGCAGCCAUCUCAGGCGUUAGCUUUAGCGCAAUUACUGAUUACUCGAGGAGUCGGGUUGGGUAAUAUCAACGCAGAAGCGCCUUCUUCUAACGGUUUGCUCACUUCUAAGAAGGAUAAGCCUUCUGAUAACGAAUGCAUUGCCAGUUCAUCGAUCUUCCAUACUUCGGAAAUCAGUGCUGUAAGCGAGCGACAUCAAGAAUCUCAAACACAAUGGCCUUCUCUUGGUUCUACGCUAAAUCAAAGUGCACCUCAUUGUAGUGAAGGGCGAUUCAAUCCAGCACCACUUAACAAGGUAUCUAGUGAGUUAUCUUAUGGGAAAAACUGUGAGAAAGACUUGUCGGAUAAUACCUCUGCUGUCAGUCAGAAUCUUCAUAGCUGUCGUCCAAAUUAUUUAGACAAGCCUCAAUCUACACUUUCAAAGCCGUCGACUAGUCCUCGAUCGACUAAUGUUAAGUCUAAAAUCCAACUAGAUUCAACAUUAUCUGAACCUGUCCAGUCAAUUGCUUUAGAUGGAUAUAACCGAACUCAGCAAAAUGGCCGAGGCCCCAAAAAUACUGAGGUUUGUUCUGGAGGUUCUGUGCGCAGUACAGAGCAGAAACAGACUGCAAUUAGUUCGUCUCGAACAGGGUCAACAAAUCAAAGCAGAGUUAAGGGGUCUAAAUCAAACAACGUCCGGUCACCUACAAAGGCAAUCGUUCAGAAUAAUUCCUCGUCAUCCCAGGUAUCCUCUAGCGUGAAUAUUCGUCCUACGGAAGCAGCUUGCACCUCAGUUGCAUCAAAUUCGGAAACAGAUCCUGACCAGACAGUUGAGGAUGAACUCAAAAAGCUUACUCAGUGGUGUCAAUCGAGGCUUGGUUCAAUGCCGAUGCGCGAAAAGGUGGAUAUUCCUACUGUUGUUGAGUUACUGGCUACACUGGAUGCCCCAUACGAAGUUGAACGAAUGGUCCAGACCUUUUUGGGAGAAACUGCUCGUACAGCUCAAUUUGUGAAAGAUUUUCUUGAUCGUCGUCGGCCAUUUUGGCAGUUGCAUAGGAAACGACGGGAACAAGAGAAUACAAUCCAAGAAUCAGCAGGUCAAAAUUCUAAUCAACCCACAAGUACAGUUCGAUCAACUGAGAAAAAGAAACGUACUAACCCGAAUGAUACCGCCACUAAUAAUACACAGCGCCAGAAUUCAAGCAUUUGCAAUGGACUGAGUUGGAAUAAAUCAGAUUCUACUCACUUAUCUAACAUUGAACAAAUUCAGGACAACCAGGUUGGAAUUAUAAGUAUCUAAGUUUUUGCAGUUCUUCAACUGAUCUGUAGUUUUUUUCACUCAUCCAAAUUUUGGUUCCUUCCCAGAAGAUAAGCACUGUUUUUGUUGGUUGAAACUGUCAGAAUCAAACCACUUCCGAACUUUUUUUAAAAUUAAGCUUUUUACUUGUGGAAAUGAAAAUCAGCUAAUGCCUGUUACGACGGCUGAUAGGAUAUUGGUCAUUUGUUUUCGUCAUGUAGGCUGAGUUAAGAUAAUCGAACUGAAAUUAAGAAAUUAUCUCAAAUUUCUUAUUUACUAUUACUAUGGAUAUUAAGUAGCUUGUGACAAACAAAGUCAUCCAUUGAGGAGCAUUAGAUUCAUUUAUGCGGAUGCAGUCAUGUUACAUUUUGAUAAAUACUAUUAUUGGUUCAAAAUAACGAAACCUUUAAACUACAUUCUCUUUACGCUGUGUCCUAGUGCCCUUCUAUUGUGGAAUUUGCCUGUAAGGGAACAAGAGUCCAUAAUAUAUGCAAAAUUGAAAUAGAAAUAUUUAAAGCUUGUUGCGAGCGAAAUAACUAGUUGUCUAUUAUCCAAUGAUUGAUCAGUCAGUUUGUUCAUAUAAUCAAUUCUGUGACGUUAGUCCUGUUCUUUGGUAACAACAUUGUACUUCCCCUCUGUUCUUGUCUGGAUGUGUACAAUUAAAUAGGGUGGUCUAGGCGGUAAACAGGACAUUUAACCCCCCUAUUUUGGAGAUUAUAGUGUGAAAUGCCUCAAAUGCACUUCGUGUAACCACUAGACAGAGUGCCUUCUUAAUACAUAUAUCUUUAGUACCGUCAAUACUUUUUGAAAUAAUGACGUAUGUUGGCGAGGUAUUUUUCUAAAGGAAUUGGAAAAUUGAUGGGCCCAUUGGUACUAUUCAGAUAUACUACUGUGAAACUCUUGCAGUAGAAGUAUAGAGGAAGGAACAUUUGGUACAAUACUUAUUUCUUAUAAAGUUUAUUCAUAGUGGAUGGUGCUUGUAGUAUACUGACAGUUCAGUUUCGUUAGACAUAAUUUUUUAACUGAAGUCUCGUAUUUAUUUGUGUAGAACGUUUUCGGGCGUAUAUUGAUAACCUUUUGCCCGUUUGUUACUAUUCAUGGAUACACUGUCUCAUUACACUUCUCUAUCUUUCUUCAGUGGCAUCACAUCAAACCUAAAGGAAGUCAUAAUCGUAAAAGCAAAAAAGACAAAUCUGCGUGAAAAUGUGUACACCCUUUUCCACUUUUCUUUCAACACAACUGAGCAACUAGCAUCCCCAUGUUUUUUUGAUUCUAUCGCUUAUCUCAAUCGCCUAUUACUUUUUUUAUUGGGUGCUGUUAUAAGGAAUGUAAAUUGUCUACUUUUUCUCCUUGAGACUUUUAUUCACUCUCUAAUGUUAUACUUUCUAGUGACGUUUGUCUUUUUUAAAUUGCUUAUGAUAAUCGUGACAUAAUGGCGUUUUAUCUGCCGUCGUAAUAUUUGAGUUUUAGCCGGCUGUAAUUUCUCUUUGAUAUAUUUUCAAAGCUGGUGUUUGUGUGCGGUUUCCUUGAAUAUUAUUUUAUUUGACAGAUGAAUAUGUGUAUAUAUCACAAUAAUGGUUGCAAUGCAUACUUAUUUUCAAAA